AUGGUUAAAGCAAAGGGCCGCGCGAAGGAAUUCCAGGAUCCUGAUGAGCCUAUCACCAAGGAUUACGAUCCCGAGGCCGACGUCGAUGUGAGCGAGCAUGGCAGCGGAAGCGAAGACAGCGAGGACGAGAAUGCGGGAACCGAGCACUAUGUCUCUGUCGGAAAGAGCAAGCUGAGGAAGUCAGAGGGCUUGUCGCUUGGUCCCCAGUACCGUGGCUCGCGUGUCUCGCGAGACGCCCUUGAAGAAGAGAGCGCAUCCGAGGAGGACGAUGAAGAGGGAUCGGGUGACGAAGAAUUCGAUGACCCUGAGACCGCAGAUCUUGAGCGCGACGCAGCCGAGGCCAACGACUCGGAAAUCUCUAGCGACAAUGCCCUUGGCGAGAGUGAUGAGGAGCGCUUCAAGGACUAUACUUUCCGCGCAAGCUCCAAGCCCAACAAGCCUCUUUCCAAGAGAGCCAAGGCUGCCGACUACAUGUCCUCUUCUGAUAAUGAGGGCGCAGAGCUUGGCGGUUCCGACUCAGAGGAUGAGGAAAUGGAUGAUGGUCUGGACGCUCUUGUUGAUGGCGAGGGAGACUCUGAUGAUGAGUCGGAUGAGAACGACGACGAAGAGGGCUCUGGCGAUGACGAAGAGGAUGAUGAAGAUGACAGCGAAAGCGAUGAGGAAGACUCAAAGGCUAAGGCCCAAAAUGCAAAGCCUAUGAUGGCAGCUCUGUCCACCCAACCCGACGUCGACAAGGGUCUGGCAAUUCGCCAGCAGCGCAAGGCCUACGACGGACUCCUGAACAUGCGAAUCCGUCUCCAAAAGGCUCUCAUCGCUGCCAACACCUUCGAAGCCCUCGAUUCCAACCCCGAGCCCGAAUCAGAGCCCUACGAGGCCGCGGAAGAAGCUGCCAUCAAGCUCCUUAACACCAUCAGCAGCCUCAAGGACAACUUUGGACCGUCUCACGCUGGCGAGAAGCGCAAGCGCGAGUUGGACGUGUCCAUGACUACGAGCCAGAUCUGGGAACAGAUGCAGGCUGAGGAGGAACGAGCUAUCAAGUCUAGGGAGGAUCGUCUGGAGAAGUGGUCCCGCAAGGUGCAAUCCGUCAAUGUCACAGGACCCAAGGGCCUCGAGGGACGAAACAAGACGCUCAUCAGCGCGCUCAGGGAUCAACUGAUCAACCCCGACAACCGCCUCGCCAAGCGCUCUCGCGUCCCCCGCUCAUGCGCCCCUGCGCAAGCUGCGAAGGGUGUUUCAGAGGACAACAAUAUCUACGACGACGCCGACUUCUACCAGGUUCUUCUCAAGGAGCUUGUCGACCAGCGAACAGUGGAGGGCUCAUCAGGAGCCGGUGCCGGCGACGCCGUGCCAACAGUGGUCCUCACCGCAUCCAAGGAUGUUAAGAACCGUAAGAACGUCGACCGCAAGGCAAGCAAGGGCCGCAAGAUGCGCUUCACGGUCCACGAGAAGAUGCAGAACUUUAUGGCUCCCGAGGACCGACGUGCGUGGGAGCAGGGUGCUAUUGACCGAUUCUUCGGCACGCUGUUCGGACGCAAGAUGCAGCUCAACGAGGACGAGAGCGACGACGAUAUGGAUGUCGAUGUUGAAGAGGCGGGACUCAGACUGUUCAGAAACUAA